AUGGUGGACUUUGCUAUGGGAAGUUCUUACUUUUUGCACUCUUCAUUCAGUCACUCGCUCUCCUCCCCUUCUUCACCGUGUCCUUCUAAGUUUAUUCCCUUUCAUACUUGCCCAAGAAAUGCCAUAAAGAGAAAGAGCAAAGCAUCAAUGGCUUGUAUGAAGGAUGAAACCUCAAACGUCGGCGUUUUCUGCACCAGGAGGGCUAUUCUGUUGAUGGGUGUUUCAGUUGUUCCAAUUCUGAAUUUAAGGGCAAUAGCUCUAGAGGCACCUGAAGGUUCGGAAAUAAGGACACAAGACCAGAAAGAAAAGGCAAAGAGAACCCUUCAACGAGACGCAACACCAAAUCCCUUUCUUCUUCUGAAUGGACUGGGAGUAUUUAGUUCAGGUGUGCUUGGUGCUCUGUAUGCAUUGGCUCAGAAGGAAAAGGGUGCUACUGAAGCAAAGAUUGAAUCUUUGAAAAACAAAGUGAAGGAAAAGGAAGCUGACAUUGAUAUACUGGAGAAGAACUUUGAGUCAAAGUUGCUGAAUGAAAAAGAAGAACGAAACAAGCAGCUCAAAAAGGCAAAUGAAGAGCAGCAGUCUUUAACGGACCUAUUAAAAGCGGCAAGCAGCACAAUAGUAGGCCUUGGACAAGAGCUGCAGAAAGAGAAGAGAUCAGUGGCAGAACUGAAAGUCCUGAUAGAUGGUCUUCAAACCAACCUCACUAAGGCUGGCAAAGAUAAAAAGGAACUUGAAGAAAAUCUGAAGGAGAAGCUCAACUCAAUUGAAGACUUGGAAGGAAGAACAAACUUGCUCAGUUUAGAGGUUAAAGAUAAAGAGGAAAAUCUUAGUAAUCUCAGCUCUACAGUUGCUGCUAAAGAAGCAGAGUAUAAGAACUUGACAUCUAUCUAUGAGCAGGCCCAGGGUGAAUUAGCAUGUCUGAAUAAAGAGGUCAAAGUACUGAAAGAUGAACUGCUGGAAAAAGAAAAGGAAUUAGGGUCGAAGAAUUCUGUGGUGAAUGAUUUAAAUGCGCAAGUAAGUUCUCUGCUUGUUGAGAAAGAGGAUGUCAACAAAAAAGUUGUUGACAUUCAAAAAGAAUACAGUGAUUUCAAGUUCUGUUCAGAAAAAAAGGCGGCUUCUGACGCUAAGCUCUUGGGAGAAAGAGAACAUAAACUUGACCAGCUUAAAGAACAACUUGAGCUUGCUUUAGAUAAAGUGAGCAGAAACGAAGUCUUGGUUGAUAAUUUGACCCAAGAAAGGGAUGACUUGAGGGAAAUGCUGGGUAUAGAAUUAAAAAAUGCGAAGAAUCUUGAGCAGGAGCUCCAAAUUACGCAAGAAACUCUGGACGAAUCAAGAAAUGUGGCUUCUGAUCUUGGGAAACAACUACAGCAGUCUAGAAGUUUGUGCUCAGAGCUUGAGGCUGAGAUUUUCAAAGUUCGGGCCGAGUAUUCUGAAGCUAGGGAGGCAUUACAGAAGAACUUUGAUGAGGCAAGACGAAGUGCAGAAGUGUUAGCUGGUGACCUCACGUCAACAAAGGAGGUUUUGAAGAAAACGAAUGAAGAGCUGCAAGUCAUGUCCCAUGAACUAGUAGAGGCGGCGGCGAAAGAUCGUGAUAGCCUACAGAAGGAAUUAGUUGAUAUCUAUAAGAAAGCAGAAAAUGCAGCCCAUGACCUAAAACAGGAGAAGAAGAUUGUCACUUCUUUAAACAAAGAGUUAAAAGCUUUGGAGACUCAAAUGUUGAAAGAUAAGGAGGCACAAAAAUCUCUUGAAACAGAUUUGGAAGAGGCUACCAAAUCACUCGAUGAGAUGAAUCAAAAUGCAUCGAUACUUUCUAAAGAGUUAGAACUUGCCAAUUCUCGGAUUUCUAGCAUUGAAGAUGAGAAAGAUGUGCUACACAGGUCUCUUGCUGAGCAAAAACAAGUUUCUCAAGAAGCCCGAGAAAACAUGGAAGAUGCCCAUAACCUAGUGAUGCGACUUGGCAAGGAGAGGGAAAGUUUGGAGAAGAGGGCAAAGAAACUAGAAGAGGAAAUGGCAUCUGCAAAGGGUGAAAUUUUGCGACUAAGGAGUCAAAUAAAAUCGCCAAGACCUCAUGUCAAUGAUCAUCCGCAGCAGAAGAGUGAAGCUGGAGGUACUGCUGUAGUUCCUGUGAAGAGGAGUGGCAGGAGGAGAAAGGUUACUCCUGAAAAAGAUAAUUCAUGA